AAAAUCUACAUUGAUCUUUGUGUCAUUAUGACUUUCUUUGUCAGAGUCAUGUAUUUUUAAAAAACAAACAAACUUUAAAUAUCUGCAGUCACACUUUUCUGUAUUCAGAAUGCAUUUAGGUUGGGUUAUAAUUUGGAUGAGAGGAUUUAUAAUUUGAUUACAGUUAGAGAUUAGAUUCUACCAAAGCAGAAGUGCAAAAACACUGACCUGUGGGCCUCUUCUCACUGUCUGGGUGUGGCAUUAACUGUCAUCACUUUUGGUCUUGUGAGCAUCCAGGUGUUAUUUGACAUGAGCUGAAAUGGCAGCGAUCUCCAUUCCUGUCACUCACUGCUUUCUAUCUCUCCACCCAUGUUUUAUCUGUGCUCACCUGCUCUGCAUCACUCUGUCACAGGCCAUGGGAAGGAAACUGCAAAGCAUGCACUGCCCUGUUGUCACUGCCAAAGUUAAUUAACAAACAAAAGCACAAACAGGGAGGUAUUGGAGCCACAGAAUCACAUCUAAAAGCAGAAUUUCUUUGAAUGAUGUCUCAAAUUUUACAGGCUAAUAUUUUUUAUUCUAUCUUUGCAUCAUUUCCUGUAAAUUUCUUUAUCUUUACCUUCACAGUUACACACUUGAAGGUCACCGUCUUACACCCACAGUCUGACUGACUCACUUUUCACCUGUCACUUCUCAUUAUGUUUUAGGAAACCAUCUUGCCCUCAGCAGGGGUGGAUCUGCCUUUCUCUCUUUACCUGUCUGCAUGUCUGAAUCAGUAGAUCUCUCUUAGAGAAACUGAUUUCCAGAGCUGUAACGUCGGCAUGCUAACUUUUCUCUAACCUGAAAAUAAGGCUUUGUAUCCAUGGAUGCUUCCAACAGUGUGUCUGCGCUGUGGUACAGGACGUCCAAGCCGCUGGGGAAGGUAAGGCGACGUCUCCAAGACCUCCGCAUCCCUUCCUCCUCCUAUGAUUUCAUAUCUAGCAGCUCUACAGUGGAUCUGAGCCACAACGAGAGCGCUCGUCUUGCAGCGGACUGUCUGCUCAGCCGGGGCUUGGAGGAUUACCACGAGGUGUUGAGAGCAGAGGGAGAAGUGGACUUUCUGUCAGAGCCAGAGAAGAAUUACAUCCUGAAGAAUGGGAGGGAUAGUCACACAGAUGAUCCUAGUGAGCAGCAUGAUGAUGGCAAAGAGUUGGAGAGUUUAUCUGCUGGCUCAAACUCUCCCGCACAGUGCUCUGAAGUGUCAGCAGACAGUGACUGUACUCUGGCAGAGUCAGAUGUGAAAUCGAGUGGUCCUGUGUUGGUUAAACAGAUGAUUCACGUAUUCUUCCCCUCAGACUGCAGGGCAGCUGGCAUGAAAGACCUGGUUAGGCAGUUCAUCAGAAAGGCUAAACUGGCCCUGGCUAUAGUGGUGGACAGCUUCAGUGACGUGGAGCUGCUUUGCGAUCUUCUGGAGGCGAGCAAGAAGAGAAACGUGUCUGUACAUCUGCUGUUGGACCAGCUGAACCUGAACCUGUUUGUUAGCAUGUGGCAGGACCUCAAACUCGACAGUAAAAACUUUCCUAAACUGUCAGUACACAGCGUCUAUGGACAGACCUACUGUGCAAAGACAGGCAGGAAACUGAAAGGUCAGAUUGCAGAGAGUUUUAUCAUCAGUGACUGGACUGAGGUGCUGACUGGUUCAUACAGCUUCUCCUGGUUGUUCUGGCAGGUCCAUCGGAGUCUUGCUGUUCUGUUAAAGGGCAGCGCAGUCACAUGUUUCCUGCAGGAAUUUCACAGGCUGCACUCCAGCUCCAAACCCGUCACCGGCUUUGUCACCUUUAUCACUGUGCCCCACACUCUUUGCCGACACGCCACAUCACAUGCGGCCCUUCAUAGCAAUACUGGUAUCAAUAAGCAGGCAUCAAACCAGACAGGUCUUCAGUGGGAUUGGAAUAAAGAUGCUGAAAACACUCAGACAAAAGCAGCUGGGACAGUUCUACAUAAACCCCAGAGCCCAGCACUGGUGAGCAGCUGGGGGGAUAACCAACCUCAGCACAGAGCAGACACUGGUACACAAAUCCAAAGAAAACCUCUGCAGCUGUACCCGAAGCCUUUGAUUCAACCAGAAAUGGAGCGUAAGGUGCAGAGUAAAUCUGUGGAAAAGCCCAAAUAUACAAUGGAAUCUGGACACACAAUGCAUAAUGAAAAAGAGAAGAGCAAAUACCAGAUUCAGAGUCACUUAAACCUGCCUGAUCAUACCCACUACAUCAGCACUACAGCUGAAAAGAAUGCAGCCAUUCAAGAGUCAGACCCUCUGCACACUGUGUCCCCGACACACAGACAGCACAGGACUGUACUCUGUGAAACACCUUUGAAGAAUUCAAAUCUUGAUCCUGCAGACGUGGCUACCGAAGGGCUCUUCUUUCAGCAGAGGAACAGAAACACAAACCCUCUGAGGACUGCUGCAGACCUGAACACACAGAGAGGACAGUGGAGCUCCUCACACAGUUUCAAACCCAAACCGGAA